GGCUGGCCAAUCACAGCGCUCAGAGAUGAUGUCAUGGCGAGAGUGAGCCUGGUGCUGAUGUGGAGAGAAGCCCAGGGUACCACUAAUUGACAGAGUGAGGAAGACAAGCAGCUCGCUUCGCACUGGCCUGCAGGUUUGGGACAGCAUCCUGAGCUGGUGACAGCCUUACUCUGUGAAUUUCAGUGGGAUUCAGCUCUCACAUUUCAGAAAACAUGACCCUCGCUGCCUACAAAGAGAAGAUGAAGGAACUCCCGCUGGUGUCCCUGUUCUGCUCCUGUUUCCUGGCCGAUCCCCUGAAUAAGUCAUCCUAUAAGUACGAAGCAGACACCGUGGACCUGAACUGGUGUGUGAUUUCUGACAUGGAAGUCAUUGAGCUGAACAAGUGCACCUCAGGCCAGUCCUUUGAAGUCAUCCUGAAGCCGCCCUCCUUUGAUGGGGUGCCUGAGUUCAAUGCCUCGCUACCCAGGCGGCGAGACCCUUCACUGGAAGAAAUCCAGAAGAAACUAGAAGCAGCCGAGGAGCGAAGGAAGUACCAAGAAGCUGAGCUCCUGAAGCACCUGGCAGAGAAACGAGAACAUGAGCGGGAGGUGAUCCAAAAAGCCAUAGAAGAAAACAACAACUUCAUCAAGAUGGCUAAGGAAAAACUGGCCCAGAAGAUGGAAUCCAACAAGGAGAACCGGGAGGCCCACCUUGCCGCCAUGUUGGAACGGCUGCAAGAGAAGGAACCGCCUGCUGCGCGGUGACUCCCGGGACCCGAUCGGUGGCCUCGUCCCAUGGACAAGCACGCGGAGGAGGUGCGGAAAAACAAGGAGCUGAAGGAAGAGGCCUCUAGGUAAAGCCCUGAGGCCAAAGAAGUUUCCAGAACAGCCGGACAGCUCCAGCAGCUCCGCAGUUCCUGAGGCAGCCUCGCCCACCGCCGGCUGCUCUCCCAGCACUGGGGUUUGGGGGGUGGGGGGUGGCCGGGGGUUGUUUCCUCUGCUUUUGGUGUUUGUACAUGUUAAGAAUUGACCAGUGAAGCCAUCCUAUUUGUUUCUGGGGAACAAUGAUGGGGUGGGAGAGGGGAGAGAAGGGGAGAGUUUGAGAAAGGGAGGUACAGAAGGACUCACAAGCAUUGCAGCCCCGCCCACUGCAGAGUCAGGUCAAGUCCUUGGCUUUUCUUCACAGUAAACAUCCAGGCACCAUGUUGAGGGGAGUUGAAACAGGGCAGUAGAAGCUCCGAGUGAAGGACAGAGUCCUGGGUGGGGCAGCGGCUGCAGGGCGUGGCAGGAAGGGGCCCAGGGAGAGGGCGGGGGCCCGCAGGUGUUGCUCCCGCCCUGCAACAGGUGGGAUGAGGUCUGAAUGUGUGUGUCUUAACCAUCAUCUUUUGAUCAUCAUGACCAAUGAAAUAUUUA